UGCAGCUGCAGUACUUUUGUGUGAUACCUGUCAGAAUCAUUCCCAGUGCAAGGUUGGGUUUGUGACCAUGAUGUCAAGAUUGGUCUUUCUCCUUUUCUGUGGAUAUAUUGCACUAAACCUGGGAAAUGCUCAGAAAUUGCCAAGAGUGAAAAGGCAGAGUCUGAAAGUUCAGAUCAAUGCAACAGAUGACACCGUUUGCAUGAGGUAUCUUCGACCAAGUCAAAACACCAAACUAGAAGGUUUUGUCCUGGGUUAUGGAAGCAACUUCUUCUCUAAUCAGUACAUUCCUUUACCUUCGGAAGGAAAAACCUACAUAACAGAACUUGAUGCAGAGCCGCGGUAUUUGGUUUCAGUAAGACCAGCACGUGUUCCAAAUAACAAGAAAUCUUGUUCAGGUCGGACCAAGACUCAAAAGCCUCUGCAGCUGGUAGUUGGCACUCUCACGCCAACCUCUGUGUUCCUCUCUUGGGGCAUCCUAGUCAACCCUCAACAUGACUGGACAGCAACAAGUAACUGUGCUAGCGACAGGUUCUAUACAGUUCGCUACAGAGAAAAGGAUAAAGAAAAGAAAUGGGUUUUUCAGCUUUGCCCAGUUACAGAGACGGUGGUGGACAAUCUGAAGCCAAACACGCUUUAUGAAUUUGGAGUUAAAGACAACGUAGAGGAUAGUAUUUGGAGCAAGACUUUUAAUCAUAAGACAGUUCUGUCUAAUAAAAAAGUAAAUGGACAACUCCAGAAUAUGUACAAGUUGGUACCUCAUUCCCAAACACAGCUUACACUGCGUGAUAAUAAGAAGUUGGUCCCUGUCACAAUAAUCAAACAAGUUAUUCAAAAUCGGACGCAGUCAAAAACUUCAGAUAGUUCUUCUCUGCCAGGAGCAAUAUUAGUGCACCUAAUUGUUCCAGGUCUCAAUGAAACUCAGCAGAAACUUCCUCCUCUCCUGACAAUAGAUGAUAUACCUCAAGCAUCCAGGAAAAAACUGGCUAAGAAUGAAACUCGAGUAUGGCCUGCUGAAUCCAAAACACCAGAAGUUCAAGAGAUCUCUCCACAGUCCCUCCCAGCUCAGGCUGAGAAAAAGCAUGGACCUGAGGAAUUUAAAUCAACGCCUAAACCCGAAUUGGUGCAAACUCAAAACAUACUGGCUUCUAAUGAAAUACAGCCACUUCCUUCUGGAUCCAGAAUCUCUGAUGCUCCAAAAAGUCCAUUGACAGAACUUGCUACUCAGAGUCCAGCCUUGAAAUCUGUAUCUCCACCUUCUGCAGAAACCACAGAGACGGAGAUGGCUUUUGAGGAAACACAGCCUGUUUCUUCAGGAUCCAAAACAUCUGGUACCACAGAAUUGCAACCAACCAGAUCUGCUUCACAUGACUUCCUUCAUGUUACUUCUACUCCUCAAGCUUUUACAGCUUCAGAAAUGCCAGACACUGCUAGAGAUACUACUGAGUUGGAAAUAUCCAUGCCCAUAAUUACUACAGAACCUCAGUUGUUAGAAACGGCACUGGCCUUCUAACACAAGAUUAUCUUACUGGAUUUAGGUGAAAGGAAGCCUCUUUCUUCAAGAUCCACAACAUCUGGCAUGCCAGAAAUGCCACCAAUCUCAGCUGCAAGCCAGAGACCGGACCUGGAAUCCACGUCGUCUGCUUCACCGGAAACCACAAGGACUGUGAUGGCUACUCGAAGACCAAGGCUGAAGUCCACCACUCCUCCCUCCCUGGCAACCCAGCAAACUGUGAUGGCCUCACAUGACUUUCUUCAUGUUACUUCCACUCCGCAAACAUCUACAUCUGCAAAAAUGUCAGAGCGAGAGACUGUAACUAUUCAAGAACCUUUCAAACUUGUUACAUCUGACAACAGUGAAGUGGAAUUGGCUUCUGAUGAAACACAGCCUACUUCUUCAAGAUCCACAACGUUUGCUAUUCCAGAAAUGCCAUCAACAAAAUCUGCUACCCGGGGACCAGGCCUGAAAUUCACAUCUCAUCCCUCCAUGGAAACCAGAGGGAGCACGAUGGAUUUUAUUUCAGCUUUUGGUGAAAAGCAGCACAUUUCUUCAAGAUCUGAAACAUCUGGCAUCCAAGAAAUGCCAUCGGCUGUACCUGCAAGCCAGAGACCGGACCUGGAAUCCACGUCGUCUGCUUCACCGGAAACCACAAGGACUGUGAUGGCUACUCGAAGACCAAGGCUGAAGUCCACCACUCCUCCCUCCCUGGCAACCCAGCAAACUGUGAUGGCUUCACUGGACUCUCAUCAUAUUACUUUCGCAUCACAAACAUCUGCAUCUGCAGAAAUAUCAAAAAUAGAGACUGUUUCAAGUUCAGCUGACCUGGAAAAAUCUAUGCCUCCACUUUCCAGAACACCUCAUGUGCUAACAACAAGUAUGGCUUUCAGUGGUAUUCAGCCUGUUCUUUCAAGCCCUGUGACACCUAGUAAGCCUGAAAUAGCAGAUGCUGGACCAGCAACAAGUGAAUCCAUUCUGGAAUCUUUCACACCUAAAACUUCUCGUCCUUUUCAAUCGCCAAGGGUAACAUUAGCUCCAAAAGAAAUACCACUUAUUCCUUCUAAACUGAAACCAUCUGCUACCCCAGAAGUACAGCAUGUGAAACCUGCCCCUAAACCACCACUUUUGGAGCCUAAAACUUCUCAGACUGUUGAGCAACCAAAAGCAACACUAGCUCCUAAAGAAGCAAAGCUCACACCUUCUGCAUCUAAACCUAGACCAUCUGCCAGACCCAAAAAGCCACGAACUAAACCUGCAGCAACCAUUCCGGUGUCAGUCACUACUAGGAGUCCCUACACAUAUGAACGUCCAAAGACUGCAGAGGUCUUGGAACCUAUUACACUUAGAAUUGAACCACCAAGGUCAACGAUAGCUCCAAAGGAGACUCAACAUAUUCCUUCUAAACCUAAAACUUCACCCAAACCUCAUAUCCCACAAGCCAAAGAUGUCCUGGAAUCUGUAACACUUAGAACUGAUCAACUAAAACCAACAAUAGUUCCAAAAGAAACACAGCGUGUUCCGUCCAAACCUAGAACAUCACCAAGCUCAGAGGUGCCACAAACCAAACCUGUUCUGGAACCAAUUACAUUUAGAACUGAGAAACCAAAGUCAACAGUAGCUCCUAAAGAUAUACGUCAUGGGCCUUCCAAACCUAAAACAUCACCCAGUCCACGUGUUCCUCCAACUAGAGCAAGUCCAAAAGAAAGUCGGCGAGUCUCUUCCAGGCCCAGAGCAUCACCAAGUCCAGAUGUACCACACACAAAACCUGUUUUGGCACCUACUACAUUUACAGUUGAACAACCAAAGACAGCAACAGCUCCUAAAGAACCACAACAUACUCCCUUUAAACCUAAAGCAGCUCCCAUCCCAGAUGCUCCACACAGCAAGCCUGAAAUCAUUCCAGCCUUCCAUGAACCAGAUACUACUAUGAUUCCUCAUAUUCCUGAAAGAACAAAGGCAACAUUGGCUCCAACUGAAAAACAGUUCAUUCAUACCAAACCAAAAACAUCUGAAAAACCAAGAGUGCCACACACCAAACCUGCAAUACAUCAGACAACUGCACAACCAAUUAUUACAAAAUCUUCUACUACCACUGAGCAUUCAAGGGCAACAAUGGCUCCAAAAGAAACACUGCUCAUUCCUUCCAAACCCAAAACAUCUGUCAGGCCAGAAGUACCACAGACUAAACCUGCUCCACGGGCAACACACCUGGGAUCAAUUAACCUUAUAACAGUUCAUGUUGUUGAUGGGUCCAAAAUUACUUUGGUUCCCAAUGAAACGUACCAGAUUUCACCCAAGCCCAAAACUGCUGUAGCAACUGAAAUUCCACGGUUCAAUACAGCACCUCAUAAAACACGUCUCACUUCUGCAAGACCCAAGCCAUCUGAUAAAUCACAGACCAGACCUGCUCUUAGUAAAACUACGCUAGCACCAGCUAGAACAAAAGCACCUGGACUGCCGAAGUGGAUUGUGCCAACAACAGAUGAUGUAUAUACACCUGAGGAUAUUGCCAGACAAGUUGGCAUGGAUGUGGAAAAAUCUUUGGAAUAUAGUGAUACCUGGGAAAAGCCAAUUUCUGUAACUACAUCACCUGGCCCUCAGCAUCGUCCUAUACCUCCUGUCAAGCCUACACAAAUGUGGAGAAAACCUCUGCCUCCAAACACCGUGACUGGUAAACCAGGGAGUCCAGCUAAACCCGCUGGACCAACAACACCUGUGAGGACAGGAACGUCAUAUAAGACACCAACAGCUUUUGCAACUCCAGAGUAUUAUGUUGAUGCAACUGUCUUUAGCUCAAGUCCUACAUCAGAAACAGAUUCUUCAGGCAAACCAAGGUACCAAGCCCCCCAUGUCAAGUACAUGAAGAAAGAUGAUGAUGUGCCUUGCUCUAUCACAAGCUCUCUUGAACAUUUUCCUCAAGAAGAAGCUGGCAGCAAGGAAGAACCUACUCGUCCUCCACAAAAUCCUCCAACCAACCUCACAGUGGUGACUGUUGAGGGCUGUCCAACUUUCGUCAUAUUGGACUGGGAAAAACCAGACAAUGACACUGUUACUGAGUAUGAGGUUGUGUCAACAGAAAAUGGAGCAAGUGAUGGUGAAAAGGAGAAAUCGAUUAUCACUACAAAUCAAACCCAUUCCACUGUGGAAAACCUAAAACCUGACACAAGCUAUGAAUUCCACGUGAAACCUAGAAACCCUCUUGGUGAAGGUCCAAGUAGCAAUGUUGUGGCAUUCAGUACUGAAUCAGCGGACCCGAGAGUGAGUGAGCCAAUUUCAGUGGGAAAGGAUGCUAUCUGGACCGAAAUCCCAUUCAAUUCGGACACCUAUUCAGAAUGCAAAGGGAAACAAUACGUAAAGAGGACUUGGUAUAAGAAGUUCGUAGGUGUGCAGCUGUGUAAUUCUUUGAGAUACAAGAUAUACCUCAGUGAUUCACUUACAGGAAAAUUUUACAACAUAGGAGACCAGAGGGGCCAUGGAGAAGAUCACUGCCAAUUUGUAGACUCAUUCUUAGAUGGAAGGACAGGACAGCAAGAAGAUCUACCAGUCAAAGACGGAUUUUUCAGGGCAGUUCGUCAGGAACCUGUCAAAUUUGGAAAAAUAGGCGGGGAGACUCACAUUAACUAUGUUCGCUGGUACGAGUGUGGAACAUCAAUACCUGGGAAAUGGUAGAUGCGACAUGAACUUGGUGAAAAGGCCCAGCACUAACCACCCCCCGUCCAACUGCCCGCCGCAGGCUCAGAGAUGGAAAUGUUUAUGGUAUGCCUGGCACUUAAAUUUAAGUUUGCUGAUGUGCAAGGGUUUAUACAAGUCUAAUGCCAAUACUGCAUUAAUUGUGUAAUAGCGUAGGCUGCUUACUGUAGUUAUCCAGUUUUACAAAUUUGUUUUUAGAGUUAAAAAAAAACAAAAACCCCAAACAGGCUAGGGACACGUUGUAGGAUAAUGUAUAGGGAAGCUGGCUCCCUAUUCUUGAGGUAUGGUUUAUAUGGUAUUUUAAAAGAUACGGUGUGUAUAUUAUUUAUCACAAUGUUGUAAUAAAUGUUUAAGGCACAGUUACAGAAGAGUUGGUCAUGGAAUGCAAUCUGCCUUGGUUUUUAAAUAUUCACUGGUCUGCUUAUAACCUAAAAGUGCCAUAAGCUACCUGUCCAGACAGAUCUGUAACGUCUCCCCAGUCAUAAAUUAUAGAAAAAGACCCUACAAUUUUUAACAUCCUGCAACUAGUAAACUUGAAGCGCUUUCUUCUUAGUCUACAGUUUAUACUCCUGCCAAAACGCUGAGGUAGGUUGCUAUACGUGCAGCUCGAAACAAUCAGGUCAGUGGGUUGGUUUUUUCCAUGUUUGUUUUCAAACGCUUCAGCUCCAGCAAAAGAGUAUGUUUAGCCUAUAGCUAUGGCAUUGGGGCCACUGCCCGUGCGCUUGGCAGUGGUGGGUUGGUGGGUUUGGUUUCCUCCAGUUGAAGCAGACAGGCACAUGCGUACAUGGAAUAAAAAAAAAAAAACCAAACCCAAAACCGCCCUCCAUGGUUGUGGCUUUUCAUGAAAGUGUAGUUUUCAGAGACUGAGGCUCACUGGUUCAAAAGCCAAACGUACGAAUAGUGCAGGGAAAGGUGAAUGAAACGGGAAAAAAAAUAAGCUACUUUUGUAACAGCAUCAUCGGGUUUACUUUAUUUAAAAAAAAAAAAAAGUAGUUUGAACAUUGUUCAUUGGGGACAAAGGGGAAAUAGUGAUGACUGAACUUUAAAACUGCUUUACAGUAAUUUUGAUUAAAACCUCUCCCAAAGCUACUUGUUGUACCGCUUGAACAUUUAUGAACUAAAUAAAGAGAUGUAGUUUUUUUUAAAGGUGUUAUUCAUUACAUUAGUAAGGUAUUGAAAAAAUAUGAACAGGAACACCCAGAUAUAUAUAUAGUAGAAACAGUCAUUUACAGAAAAUGCCUUAUAAAGUACAUUGCAGGUACACUGUACGCCUAAUAAAGUAUUUUUU